AUGCUGCCCCGCAGCCCGGGGCCGACGCGCGGGAGGGGCCGGGGGCGGCCGCCGGGGGCUCCUCGCCGCGGGCUCCCGCCGCCCUGGCGCCCCGCCUGGCUCUGCUGCUGGGUGCUCGCCGGCUGCCAGGCGGCCUGGGCCGGGGACCUGCCCCCCGCCGGCCGCCCGCCGCCGCCCUGCCAGGAGAAAGAUUACCACUUUGAAUAUACGGAAUGUGAUAGCAGUGGCUCCAGGUGGAGAGUUGCCAUUCCGAAUUCUGCAGUGGACUGCUCUGGCCUGCCUGACCCAGUGAGGGGCAAAGAAUGCACUUUCUCCUGUGCUUCCGGAGAGUAUCUAGAGAUGAAGAACCAGGUCUGCAGUAAGUGUGGUGAAGGCACCUACUCCUUGGGCAGUGGCAUCAAAUUUGAUGAAUGGGAUGAGUUGCCAGCAGGAUUUUCCAACGUUGCAACAUUCAUGGACACUGUGGUUGGCCCUUCUGACACCAGGCCUGAUGGCUGUAACAACUCUUCUUGGGUCCCUCGAGGAAAUUAUAUAGAGUCAAAUCGUGAUGACUGCACCGUGUCUUUGAUCUACGCUGUGCACCUUAAGAAGUCGGGUAAUGUCUUCUUUGAGUACCAGUACGUCGACAACAACAUCUUCUUUGAGUUCUUUAUUCAGAACGAUCAGUGCCAGGAGAUGGACACCACGGCGGACAAGUGGGUCAAACUCACGGACAGUGGAGAGUGGGGCUCGCAUUCUGUAAUGCUAAAGUCUGGCCCAAACAUACUGUAUUGGAGAACUACAGGCAUCCUUAUGGGUUCCAAGGCAGUCAAGCCAGUGUUGGUAAAAAAUAUCACAAUUGAAGGAGUGGCAUACACGUCAGAAUGUUUCCCGUGCAAGCCGGGCACCUUCAGCAAUAAGCCAGGUUCGUUCAGUUGCCAAGUGUGUCCCAGAAACACCUACUCUGAGAAAGGAGCCAAAGAAUGCAUCAAGUGUGCAGAGGACUCCCAGUUUUCAGAAGAAGGAUCGGGCGAGUGUACGGAGCGCCCUCCCUGUACCACCAAAGACUAUUUCCAGAUCCAUAGUCCAUGCGAUGAAGAUGGGAAGACACAGAUAAUGUACAAGUGGAUAGAGCCCAAAAUCUGCCGGGAAGAUCUCACAGAUGCUAUUAGGUUGCCCCCUUCUGGAGAGAAGAAGGAUUGUCCACCUUGCAACCCUGGAUUUUAUAACAAUGGAUCCUCCUCUUGCCAUCCCUGCCUUCCUGGGACGUUUUCAGAUGGAACAAAGGAAUGUAGACCAUGUCCAGCGGGAACAGAGCCUGCCCUUGGCUUUGAAUACAAAUGGUGGAAUGUCCUUCCUGGCAACAUGAAAACCUCCUGCUUUAACGUUGGGAAUUCAAAGUGUGAUGGAAUGAAUGGUUGGGAGGUGGCUGGAGAUCAUAUCCAGAGCGGGGCUGGAGGUUCCGAUAAUGAUUACCUGAUCUUAAACUUGCAUAUCCCAGGAUUUAAACCACCAACAUCAAUGACUGGAGCCAUGGGUUCUGAAUUGGGAAGAAUAACAUUUGUCUUUGAGACCCUCUGUUCUGCUGACUGUGUUCUGUACUUCAUGGUGGAUAUUAAUAGAAAAAGUACCAACGUGGUGGAAUCAUGGGGUGGAACCAAAGAAAAACAAGCUUACACCCACAUCAUCUUCAAGAAUGCAACGUUUACAUUUACAUGGGCAUUCCAGAGAACUAAUCAGGGGCAAGAUAAUAGACGGUUCAUCCAUGACAUGGUGAAGAUUUAUUCUAUCACUGCCACUAACGCAGUUGAUGGGGUGGCAGCCUCAUGCCGUGCCUGUGCCCUCGGUUCUGAACAGUCGGGCUCAUCGUGUGUCCCCUGCCCCCCAGGCGACUACAUUGAGAAAGAAACCAACCAGUGCAAGGAGUGUCCCCCUGACACCUCCCUGUCCGUACAUCAGGUCUAUGGCCAGGAGGCUUGUAUUCCGUGCGGGCCUGGGAGUCGAAGCACUCGGGACCACUCCGGUUGCUAUAGUGACUGCUUUUUCACCCACGAGAAAGAAAACCAGAGUUUGCACUAUGACUUCAGCAACCUCAGCAGCGUGGGCUCGUUAAUGAAUGGCCCCAGCUUUACCUCCAAAGGGACAAAAUACUUCCAUUUCUUCAAUAUUAGUUUAUGUGGGCAUGAGGGGGAGAAGACGGCUCUCUGUACCAACAAUAUAACAGACUUUACAGUAAAGGACAUGGUGGCAGGCUCAGAUGAUUACACGAAUCUGGUAGGAGCAUUUGUAUGCCAAUCAACUAUAAUUCCUUCUGAAAGUAAGGGUUUCCGAGCAGCUUUAUCAUCACAAUCCAUCAUUCUGGCAGACACAUUUUUAGGAGUGACAAUUGAAACCACAUUGCAAAAUAUUAAUAUAAAAGAAGAUAUGUUCCCAGUUCCACCGAGCCAAAUACCAGAUGUGCAUUUCUUUUACAAGUCUUCUGCAAUCACAACAUCUUGUGUUAAUGGCCGGUCAACUGCGGUGAAAAUGAGAUGUAAUCCCACAAAACCGGGAGCUGGAGUGAUUUCAGUCCCCAGCAAGUGUCCAGCAGGCACCUGCGAUGGGUGUACAUUUUACUUCCUGUGGGAGAGUGCCGAAGCCUGCCCUCUGUGCACAGAGCAUGACUUCCAUGAGAUUGAGGGCGCCUGCAAGAGAGGAUUGCAGGAAACCUUAUAUGUAUGGAAUGAACCAAAAUGGUGCAUUAAAGGAAUUUCUUUGCCUGAGAAAAAAUUGUCAACCUGUGAAACAGUUGACUUUUGGCUAAAAGUGGGAGCAGGUGUGGGAGCUUUCACAGCUGUUUUGCUGGUGGCUCUAACUUGCUAUUUUUGGAAAAAGAAUCAGAAACUGGAGUACAAAUAUUCCAAGUUAGUAAUGUCAACGAACUCGAAAGAGUGUGAACUCCCAGCUGCAGACAGCUGUGCUAUCAUGGAAGGAGAAGAUAAUGAAGAGGAAGUUGUAUAUUCCAAUAAACAGUCACUACUGGGAAAACUCAAAUCCUUGGCAACAAAGGAAAAAGAAGAACAUUUUGAAUCUGUUCAACUAAAAUCCUCAAGAUCUCCAAAUAUCUGA